CAAAUCCCAGUUUUGUUUUCUCUCUUUUUUUCAUCCAAUUUGCUGUUAUUAUCCAGGAGAAGUUUUCUAACUACAUUAGUGUUAAAGAUUAAUGAUUAACCCAAGACAAGAGAGAGAAAGAGAGAGAGAGAGAGAAAAGGAGAAAGUGAUAUUUUAUCCAAUCUCUCAGAGUACAACAAAUACAAUUAGCUACCAAAAGCUAAACCCAAAAGCUUGUUAAUAGUAAAGCUACUCUAUAGGCCUUCCAUUUUUUGUUUCUUCUUUGAUGAUUAACUAUUAAUCUGUUUUACUUUCUUUUAUAUAUUAAUCCUUUAUUUUCCCUCCUUCUUUAUCUUAUCUUAAACUUCAGUACCAUUAAAAUAUGGCCACUUCUCAAGAAGAUAUUUAUUCGGACUCUAGUGACUCCAAUCAGAUGAAAAUUGUUGAACCUUCUAAUGAGGUUGACCCAUCACCACAACCACAACCACAACCACCACCACCACUCCCACCUACAAAUAUUACUACUGCUGCUUCUUUGACAUCUACUGAUCUUCCUUCUCAUUCAUCUUCACCACAAACACCAUCUUCACCAUCAUCUUCUCAAAUUUUAAAUGUAUCCACACCUGAAGAUUCAACAAUUAAUAGCUUAACAACAACUACCACCGAUCAUCAACCACAACAACAACAAGAGUUAACUGUUCCAGAAUCAAUUCUCGUUAUUCAAUCUGAGGAAACAAGUGUUACCAAUAUUGGAAUUAACAACAGCUCAAUAAUCCCUGAAUCUAUAACCAAAAUCGACGAUCAACCUACUAAACCUAUGACUGACAAUUCUGUUGUUGUUGCAAAAGAAAUUGAAAUGAAAGUUGAUACCGAGAAUGGUUUAAUCUCUAAUCACGAUAAUUCAACUGAAAGUGAAAUGAUAGCUCCUAUUGUCCAACCUAAAAGUCAGGGUAAAAAGCGUUCUAUUGAUGAAGUGACGCGUGAUCCUCAUGAGAAAACCUCUGAAAGUGAACAUAAAAGACUAGUCACAAAUCAAUCUUCUAAAAAUGAAAAGAAAAAUCAUCACCAAAAAGAUGAUUAUUGUUGGUUAUGUCAUAAAGAGAAAAGCAAUAUUAGUUGUAAAUCAUGUCCACGAACUUAUCACCUGAAAUGUUUACCAACCGAAAAUUCUGGUCUAAAUGAUUCCUCUGAGUCAAAUAAAAAUGGUGCUAACAAUACAAAUUGGAUUUGUAUUGAAUGCUCUGCAAUCAUGAAAACAGAUGCAACCUCGAAAAGUCCAGUUUUAAGUCAAUUGAGUCCCCAUGAGCUUUCCGAGUUACUCAUGUUUGCUGUACAAACUAUUAAGGCGAGUGCCGAUAGAUCAUUUCAUCAACCCGUCGCACAAGACGCUUUUCCAGAUUAUCGACAUUUUGUCGUCCAUCCAAUGGAUUUUAGUACAAUCGAGAGAAAUAUUCGCUCUAAAUCUUAUGGUUCUACCGAUGCCUUGAUGGCUGACAUCAAAUAUAUCGUCCAUAAUUGUUAUAUUUACAAUUCACCUAAUCACCCGUUAACCAAGAAUGCCAAUUAUUUUAUGAAAGUUGCAAGAAAUGAGAUGCAAGAGAUUGAAAUAUGUCCGAAUUGUUUCCGUAAUUUUUACACACUUAAGGAUAAAGAAUGGUUUGCAGAACCAUGUGCACGGCCUCACAUACUUGUCUAUGCCAAGAUGCGAGGUUAUCCGCCUUGGCCUGCAAAAGUUGUUCGUUAUGACAAAGACAAGAACGAAGUUGAUGUUAGAUUUUUUGGAGCUCAUGAUAGAUCCUGGGUUCCCGUUGACUCAUGUAAUCUUAUAACUAAACCAAACACGGCUUCUAACAAGAGCUCAAAGGGAUCAGGAAAAGGUCAAAAGAAUAGUAAAUACGAUUCUGCCCUUGCCGAGCUUGCUUUCCAUGUUAAAAGAUUAAAUGAAUUAUUCCCACUUAAAUUUCAUUAUGCCAAACCAAAACAACCAAUUGAUGUAACUAAACUUUUCAUCUGUGACGGUGUUGAAAGUGAAGAAAUCACUGAAAUGGAUGAUGACAGAGAUUCUGAUCUAAAUGAGGAUAAGCUUAUCAUCGAUGAAACUGGUGAUGAUCAAGAAUCAACGGUAAAUGAAAGCAUCGAGCAAAAAGUUAUUAAACCUGAAAAAAUGGACAUAUCAAGUGAUUCACUUUUAGCACAACCAACGGAAACCGAGAAAACAAUUAAAUCGGAAACAGGGAUACCCAAACUGACAAUACCAAAGUCUAUUAAGAUUCCACUUCGUUCACCUCAAGUUCAACAACAAGCCACACCACCGCCAUCAUCAACACCAUCACACACAAUCAAUACAUCACCCAAAAAAGAGGAAACACCAAAAUCAUCCAAGAAAAAGGGAGCAAAUAAAACGAAAAAGGAAAAAGAAAAGGAGAAAGAAAAAGAAAAAGAAAAAAUCAAAGUAGAAAACGAAAAGAUUACAACUCCAACAUCGAAUAAAAAAUCUGACACCAAGAAGAAAACAAUAGUCAAACCAAUUAUCGAGGAAGAGGCACACAAAAAACUUUUGGACGAACUUGAAACUCUUAAAAAGAAAUGCGAUCACGAGAAAAUGAUGCACCGAGAGCAACUUAAAGAAAUUGAACAUAAUCACAAUUUAAAAAUAAGAGAGAUGAGAGACUCUUGGCAAUCAGAGAACGAGAAAAUAGUUAAAUCAUUAACUGCGACAUUGGAUGAAAAGUAUCGAAAAGAAAUUGAAGAAACAAAAAAGAAACUCUGGUGUUCAGAAUGUCUAAAAGAGGCCAUGUACUUCUGCUGUUGGAAUACAUCUUAUUGUAGUCUUGAUUGUCAAAAAGCUCAGUGGCCUAAACACGCUGCUAAAUGUCAACAACAAUCACAUUGGCAACAAACAAAUUCCCAAUCAUCAGUAAAUCCACCACAACAACAACAAACACAACAGACACAGCAAACACAACAACAAUUACAACCGCAACUACAGUCACACAAUAACAAUACAACAUCUUAUAGCUCAACUGUUAACCAACAAGCUUGAUUAUAAGAUGUCAUCUUUUAAACAAUCAAACAGCAUUUAUCAAAACUUAAUUGUCAUCUUAAUUCAUUGCAUGGUUUAUAAUUAUUGGAAAAACAAAGAAAAAAUUUAAAGGAACAUUAUUCAAGCAACAAUUAAUCAUUAUCACUGGUCCCUCUUUUUAGUGUCAUCAACACUCAAUCACCAUCACAACAACAACAACAACCACAACUUUCAAGCCUGACUUUCAAUUUUUGCCUUAAUUUUGUUUGGAAAUCAUUUUUUUCACCUUAAUCCCUUUUUUUGAACCAAUGACCAUUUGUUAAUCACCUUUCCCUCCCCCUAAUUAAUCCUAAUCCACAAACAGACAAAAAAAAACAAAAUUACAAUCAAUAUAUAUUACAUAUUGUUAUUUAUAUGGUUAAUUGUUUUAACUUUUGUGGAUCAAUUGAUUAAUACAAUUACAAAAAAUGAAAAAAAGCAAAACUAAACAAUUAUCAACAAUGGUGAUCACAAUUAUAUUAACAUAUAUAAAUAUAUAAAUAUAUUAGAAUGAUUAAAAAGUAAUUGAUGAAAAUUA